AUGACAGAAGUAAUCGGGUGCAACACGCGCGACACCCCUCUGCAGCGCUGCUCGGGCUGCGACAAGCUCUGGUACUGCUCCAAGGCCUGCCAGACGCGACACUGGACGAUCGUCCAUAAGUACUACUGCAAAGGAAGGCGCGGUCCCAAUGCCAAUACCUCAAACAAAGACUGGCCAGAGCAACAGAUGCCAGCACGUGUCUACCCUCACAACACGCAUUUGUCAAUCAAUCUCAAAGCCAUGGUAGUCGAAAACCACAUCGCUCGGAGCGAUGGCAGUGGAUCCGGAAAAGACAUUCUCUUAAACCAAGACGAGGCGACCACCUAUAAGCUCCUAAUCGAGAGCUUCCGUGUAUGGGAUGAGACAAAGCGAUACAGCCUCGGACUCAUUGAAGAUCCACGUAUGUCUUAUUACAAUGCCAGCGUCAAGCACUGUACCGGCUACCUCUUUGAAGGUCUGAUGAAGCACAUCGAGAAUGCGGAGAAGAUGCCAGAGAUUUUGCCGGUGUGGUGGGAUCAGAAGAAGCGGGGCGAUUGCGUCAAGACUGCGAGGGAGAUGUAUCACUGGGAUGAUCUCAACGCAGGUGUUCCUGCAGAGGUGAAUGAGUGGAACCGGUAUGGAGGACCAUGCUUGAGGCUGCCGCUACGAUUGUUAGGCAUGAGGAUCGAAGGCAUGAGCCAAUUUGAGGCGGUGCUGAUGGGAUAUCUUCAGGUGUCUGGGGCGGGCACGCCGAAUCAGUUAUUCCAUGCCAUGAGCAUGGUCUAG